UGUUGCAAGCAUUCCUUCCUGGAAACUGACCUCAACAUCUCUUCAAUGGAUGUCUUGAUGGGCAAACUUAAAAAACAAGCAAAAAAACAUUACAUAUAUAUAUAUUUGGGUCUCCUUUUAGCGUUAUGGUGCAUAGAGGGUUGAAGAUCGCCAAGCUGUCCUUGAAUAACUGGGAAUAAUUAUCAGACGUAGAAACCUUAUUUACACAUAUAUCAGGCCUUUUUUUUUUUUUGUAUGGCUUCCAUUACUCCUACCAUUACUCCUUCGAACUGGAAGUACGAUGUGUUCCUCAGUUUUAGAGGCGCAGACACCCGCAAUAGUUUUACAAGUCAUCUUUACAAGGCUUUGCGUCAAAACCAAAUUCAUGCUUACAUCGAUUAUAAACUUCAGGGAGGAGAAAAGAUUGAGCCUGCCCUCCUGGAAAGGAUUGAAGAGUCAUAUAUUUCGGUAGUCAUUUUCUCUGAAAAUUAUGCAGAUUCCACUUUCUGUUUGAGGGAACUCUCCAAGAUUCUUGAGUGCAUGGAGAACAAAGGACAGAAGGUUUUGCCAGUUUUGCACCAACUUGAUCCAAGCCAUGUUCAAGAUCUGACUGGGAGAUAUGGAGACGCACUUUGCAAGCAUGAAAGUGAUUGCAGUUCUCAAGAAGUAGAGAGUUGGAGACAUGCUUCGAAAGAAAUAGCUAAUCUCAAGGGCUGGGAUUCGAAAGUCAUCAGGGAUGAGACCAAGCUAAUCGAGGAAAUUGUUUCUGACAUUCAAAAGAAAUUGCAGCAUAUGCCUGCACCCUCAAUUGAUUCAAAACGCAUUAUUGGAAUGAAAUCACGCGUUGAAGACAUUGAAUCGUUACUAUCCUUUGGAUCAACCGGUGUCCUCAUUGUGGGAAUAUGGGGGUUGGGUGGUAUAGGCAAGUCAACAACGGCUGAAGCUGUAUAUCAUCGAAACUCUCAUAAAUUUGAAGGUCAUUGCUUUUUCCGAAAUGUAAUGGCAGAAUCACAUAAGCAUGGACUAGUUCAUGUACUGCAGGAAAUUCUUCGGGAAGUAUUAGAGAACAAAGAUCUGAACAUAGGCACAAAGGUGUUACCCCCGUACAUUAAGCGAAUGCUUCAAAGAAAAAAGGUCCUCAUAGUUCUUGAUGAUGUCAACAGUUCUCUAGAUUUAAGAGAUUUACUAGGAGAGGAUGGUUUGUUUGGCCAAGGAAGUAGAAUCAUUGUGACAAGUAGAGAUUGGCAAGUGCUUAUAAAUGCAUGCGAAGAAGACAACAUUUACGAGGUUAAGAAUUUAAAUGAAGACGAUGCUCUUGAACUCUUCAGCUUGCAUGCUUUCAGACAAAAUAAUCCUAUACAAGGAUAUACAGAGCUAUCAAAAAGUGUGGUAAGCUGUGUUGAAGGCAUUCCAUUAUUUCUGGAGGCUUUAGGUGCCAGUCUAUACAAAAAGACUAGUGUAGAAUACUGGGAAAGUAAGGUGGCACAGCUAAGAACAAAAAUUGGCGAGGACAUUAAGAAAAGUUUGGAAAUGUGUUUUGAUGAAUUAAAUCAGACAGAAAAGAAAAUAUUUCUUGAUAUAGCAUGUUUCUUUGGAUGGUGCAGAAGGGAUGUUCUCCAUCAAACACUAGAUCUUGAAGAAAGAAGUGGGAUAGAUCGUCUCACUGAUAUGUGUCUCAUAAAAAUUAUUGACAACAGGAUCUGGAUGCAUGAUAUGCUGCAAAAACUAGGGCGACAAAUUGUCCACCAAGAAAACGUUGAUCCUAGAGGACGUAGCAGGUUGUGGGAGGCUGAGGAUGUCUAUCAUGUAUUAACAAAUCAUCAGGGGACAGGAAAAGUGGAAGCCAUAUCCCUCGACAUGUCUGCAACUAAAGAAAUGAACUUAAGUCCUACAGCAUUUGAAGGGAUAUAUAAUCUAAGAUUGUUCGAUUUCCAUAAUCCAAAUUCCCCAGAUGAGCUAACAAGGAUUCGCCUUCCUCAAGGGCUUCAAUUUCUUUCAAAUGGGCUAAGGAUUCUCUACUGGUAUAAUUACCCUUUGAAAUCCUUGCCAUCAAAUUUUUGUCCAAAGAAACUUGUUGAGCUUAAAAUGCCUUGUAGCCAGCUCGAAGAACUUUGGAAUGAAUGUCAGCCACUUGAAAAUUUGAAAUUAAUGAACCUCAGUUACUCCUCGAAGCUGAGCUUAGUUAAUUCAGACUUGUCCAAAGUUCCAAAUCUUGAGGUUCUAAAUCUGGCAUGGUGUUGUAGUUUGGUUAAGUUACCUUCCUCUAUUAAAUACUGCACCAGACUUACUGAAUUAGAUCUUAGGAAAUGUGAGAGUUUAUGUACUUUGCCCUCGUCAAUUGGGUGCCUCACUCGACUUGUUAAAUUGAAUUUAACCCACUGCAAAGGUCUCGCUAGUCUACCAUACAGCAUUUGUGAGUUGAAAUGUCUUGCAAUGCUUGAUCUCGAGCUUUGCUCAGAACUAACAAGUUUACCUGGCAGCAUUGGUGAGAUGGAAUCUCUUGUAGAGCUUAAUCUUGGUCAUUGCUCAAAACUAUCAAGCCUUCCAAAUAGCAUUGGCGAGUUGAAAUGUCUUGCUAGACUUUAUCUUGGUUAUUGCUCAAAACUAACAAGCCUACCAGAUAAAAUUGGCGAGUUGAAAUAUCUUAAAGAGCUUAAACUUCAUCAUUGCUUAGCAUUAGCAAGCCUUCCAAACAGCAUUGGCGAGUUAAAAUCUCUUGACAAUCUUGAUUUUUAUUAUUGCUUAAAACUAGCAAGCUUUCCAAACAGCAUUGGCGAGUUGAAUUGUCUUAUGACACUUGAUCUUAAGUUUUGCUCAAAACUAGCAAGUGUACCAGAUAGCUUUGGUCAAUUGAAAUGUCUUUCGAGACUUGACCUUGGUUAUUGCUCAGAACUAGCAAGUCUACCUGAUAGCUUUGGUGAGCUCAAAUGUCUUUCGAGGCUUGAUCUUUGUUAUUGCUUAAAACUGGCAAGUCUACCUGACAGCAUUGGCGAGUUGAAAUCUCUUGUAGAGCUUAAUCUUGGUUACUGCUCAAAACUAGCAAGCCUUCCAGAUAGCAUUGGCAAAUUGAAAUGUCUUGAGAUGCUUGAUCUAAAUUAUUGCUCAGAACUCGCAAGUCUACCAGACAGCAUUGGUAAUUUGAAAUCUCUUGCAAAGCUUCAUCUUUCUUCUUGCUCAAAACUAGCAAGCCUUCCAGACAGCAUUGGCAAGUUGAAAUCUCUUGCAGAGCUUCAUCUUUCAUCUUGCUUAAAACUAGCAAGUCUUCCUGACAGCAUUGGCGAGUUGAAAUGUCUUCCCAAGCUUGAUCUUGGUUAUUGCUUAAAACUAGUAAGUCUUCCUGAUAGCAUUGGCGAGUUGAAAUCUCUUACAAAGCUUAAUCUUUAUUAUUGCUCAGAACUAGCAAGUCUGCCUGACAGCAUUGGCAAGUUGAAAUCUCUUGUAGAGCUUCAUCUUGGCUAUUGCUAUAAACUAGCAUGGCUUCUAGAGAGCAUUGGCGAGUUGAAAUGUCUUGUGAUGCUUAAUCUUCAUCAUUGCUCAGAAUUAGCAUGGCUUCCAAAUAGCAUUGGCAAGUUGAAAUCUCUUGUAGAGCUUCAUCUUGGUUAUUGCUAUAAACUAGCAUGGCUUCCAGAGAGUAUUGGCGAGUUGAAAUGUCUUGCGAUGCUUAGUCUUGAUCAUUGCUUAGAAUUAGCAUGGCUUCCAGACAGCAUUGGCAAGUUGAAAUCUCUUUUAGAGCUUCAUCUUGGUUAUUGCUAUAAACUAGCAUGGCUUGCAGAGAGCAUUGGUGAGUUAAAAUGUCUUGUGACCCUUAAUCUUCAUCAUUGCUCAGAAUUAGCUUGGGCUUCCAGACAGCAUUGGCGAGUUAAAAUGUCUUGUGAUGCUUGAUCUUAAUUCUUGCUCAAAACUAGCAAGUCUGCCAAAUAGCAUUGGCAAGUUGAAAUCUCUAGCAGAGCUUUAUCUUUCUUCUUGUUCAAAACUAGCAAGUCUUCCAAGCAACAUUGGCGAGUUGAAAUGUCUUGGGAUGCUUGAUCUUAAUUGUUGCUCAGAAUUGGCAAGUCUACCAGAUAGCAUUGGUAAGUUGAAAUCUCUUUUAGAGCUUCAUCUUUCUUCUUGCUCAAAACUAGCAUGUCUUCCUAACAACAUUGGCGAGUUGAAAUGUCUGUUAAGGCUUAAUCUUAGUUAUUGCUCGAAGCUAGCAAGCCUUCCAAACAACAUUGGCGAGUUGAAAUGUCUUAUGAUGCUUAAUCUUAAUUCUUGCUCAGAAAUAGUAAGUCUACCAAACAGCAUUGGCGAGUUGAAAUAUCUUGUAGAGCUUCAUCUUUCUUCUUGCUCAAAACUAGCAAGCCUUCCAAACAACAUUGGCAAGUUGAAAUCUCUUGAAAAGCUUGAUCUUUCUCCUUGAUCAAAACUAGUAAGUCUUCCUGAUAGCAUUGGAGACUUUUGAAAUGUCUUGUAAAGUGUCAUCUUUAUUAUUGCUUAAACUAGCAAGCCUUCCGAACAACAUUAACGAGUUGAAAUCUUUUGCGA